GGGGCAUUUUCUUUUUGCCUCUCUUUAACCCUGCUUUCCUUGUGUGCAAGCCAGUAAAGCAACGGCUAUCCCUGAACUCAUCGGAGAGGGUCAGAGCAUCAACAUGGAAAAUAGUGUUGAUGUCAAGAUAGAAACCAUGGGAGAAAGAAAGACAGUAAAGCAGAAUCCACUAAGCAAAUCUGGAAAACGAGUUUGCAGAGCUGUUGGGUACAUCACCGGAGACAUGAAGGAAUUUGGAUCCUGGCUAAAAGAUAAACAUUUUGUGAUCCAAUUUAUUGACUGGGUGCUGCGUGGGAUAUCCCAGGUGAUGUUUGUCAACAAUCCCCUCAGUGGGCUUAUCGUGGUUGCUGGCUUCCUGAUGCAGAAUCCAUGGUGGACACUCACAGGCUGUUUGGGAACAAUUGUCUCAACUUUAACAGCACUUAUUCUGGGUCAGGACAGAUCAGCUAUAGCAGCAGGCCUGUAUGGCUAUAACGGGGUCUUGGUGGGAUUGCUGAUGGCUGUCUUCUCUGCUAAGGGAGACUACCACUGGUGGCUUCUACUGCCAGUAGCAAUAGUGUCCAUGAUGUGCCCUGUUUUCACCAGCGCUUUAGGUUCAGUCUUCUGUAAGUGGGACCUGCCUGUAUUCACUUUGCCUUUCAACUUGGCUCUGACCCUGUAUUUGGCUGCAUCAGGACCACACAACCUCUUCUUUCCUACAACUGUCAUUCAGCCUGCAACAGCAGCACCAAACAUCACCUGGACUGAUGCUGAAAUGCCAAUGUUGCUGCAAUCCAUUCCAGUUGGAGUGGCUCAGGUUUAUGGCUGUGAUAAUCCCUGGACCGGGGGAAUUUUCCUGAUUGCUUUAUUUAUCUCUUCUCCACUAACUUGCCUGCAUGCAGCAAUUGGAUCAGCAGUGGGGAUGCUGGCAGCACUGAGUGUAGCGACGCCUUUUAGCAGAAUCUAUGCUGGGUUGUGGGGUUACAACAGCUCCCUCUCCUGCGCUGCCAUCGGAGGCAUGUUCUACGCCUUCACCUGGCAGACACAUCUACUGGCAGUUGCCUGUGCUCUCUUCAGUGCCUACCUGGGAGCAGCAGUGACUAACAUGUUCUCUGUGUUUGGGGUGCCAUCAGGAACCUGGUCUUUUUGCUUGUCUGCACUGACCUUCCUGUCAAUGACCACAAACAACUCUGCCAUCUACAAGCUACCACUCUCCAAAGUCAAGUAUCCAGAAGCCAACAGGGCUUUUUAUCUGAAGAUGAAGAAACACCAGAGGUCUUGCUGCGAGGUAUAAAGACCCAAGUAGAGAGACACUUCACAGAUUUUAAGGCAAGAGGGCAAGAUGUUUCCCAAAAUAUCAUGAUUUGUGUGCUACAAAGUCAAAACACCCAAAAAAAUCACCACCUUACGAGCAGAGAGACUUUUUCCACUCCAUUUGUUGGUUCUAUCCUGAUUAGAUGGGCCUGUGCUGUUCCGAAAGGACCUUUCCAAAACCAAUCUGUAAUGAUUUAAAAGCACAUAUGCCUGAAAAGACACUUGAAUUUUAAGCAGAGAAGAAAUUACUUAGAAGCUGAAAAGAAUAAUCUGUUUGUGAAACCCAAGUCAUCAGAUGUAAGGCAAUAAAGAACAGAACAUCUCUCAGCAUCCGAUGGGACUCCCAAUUAAUGCCUAAAACCAGCUUAUGGCAGCUGUAGGAUAAGUCUUAGAGAGCUUCAAUGUAGCAGAGAAGUGGAAUAAAUAGUACUCUUUGCUAAGUAGAAAAUGCAUGGUGAAGAAUUCUGCGUGGAGGAUCUUUCAAGCCCCAUAAAGAGAAAUGUGCAUUAGCAAUCAGCACAAACAAGAUGGACACAGACGAAUUGCAAGCAGCACUGCGAAGACUUGCAAGACUUGCGGUCAAAAUCACAACAAGGGCAAGAAGGGGGUGCCUGUCAGCCCCAGCUUUUGGAUGCUUUAGUUUGCACUAGGCUAUAACAAUUCAUGAAAAAAAGGUCUCAGGCAUAGCCAACUGCAGGCAAAAGUGUAAAUGUGA